GGAGAAUUUGUCGGGGUGGGGAGGGGAGGGAUUUACUAUGUUAUCUUCGCUGACAGCAAAGAAUGCUGGGGCGGUGUCAUGGCGGAAGAAGAGAAGCCCGCCGUGGUGAAAAGAAAGAAAGAAGACGGAGUCAAGAAAGAGAUGAAUCUCUCUGACGACGUUUUGGUGAGUCUUCCGGUGAAGGAUUUAAACAAUGUUCUGCGUGGUUACUCGGAUGACGAGGUUUUCAGAAUCAAGCAGAGAAGGAGAACUUUGAAAAACAGGGGCUACGCUCAAAACAGCCGCACCAAACGUGUCCGCCAAAAAGAGGACCUGGAAGUUGAAAGGCAGCAAUUGCGUGAGGAUCUAGAACAGCUUGCUAGAGAGAACGAUAGUUUAAAAAGAGAGAGGGACGAAGCCAGAAAAAAAUACGAUUCCCUUCAAAAAUUACUGACUAACAGAACAAAAACGACGGAUUUGCAUUUAAUUGGCGUCGGCCACGGAAACACAUCAACUGCCGACCACGAGAUUCAAGUUGACGUUGUGGGAAUCGAAGAAGACAGAGGUAACGAUAGUAAAGACUCACAAGAAUCUGAUCUCUCAGACGACUAUCGAUCGAGGAAAUCUUCGGGUCGUUCUGAGGACGAAACCGACGAAUCGCGAUGAAUGAACGAAAAAUACUACUCAAUCGCGGGUUCAUCUUAGAACGCCGCGGACUUUGUUUACAAACGUCCCGAUAUACUAUUGGAACAAUGCAAACCGUUCGUCUGAGCUGUAAACUUGUUCAUAGCAUUACCAAAAGUUCCCCGAUUUUUAGGAAUGGACUCUAUCUAGAUAGAAAAGCAAUAUUUUGGUAGUUCUGUGUUUCUAAACCGUAUGUAUAUGUCCGUUCCAGAUCUGUCGUAAACUUAAGCGUAAAUAUCAACGUUUGUGUAUUGAAUUAUUUUAGUGAACAAAUGAGUAAAAUCCUACAAAAUAUUUUUACUACUUAAUUUCCAGUUAAAAAAGCCACAAACUUUCGAUUUCACUCUCGAUCGUUUGUUUCACCGACACUAGGAAAAUUCUAUUGUAAAUAUUUUUAACUUUUAAAAAGGCACGAGGUCGAUGCUUUCACAGUACAGUUCUUUGCUGCAUUCAAGCUUAUAACUUCAUUGAAUCAAUGACAGUAAGGUGAUCGUGUAUCGGUUGCGAGGCAAAUUUCAGUCUUGAAAAUCUCUUGUUUAAAUAAAUUCUUUUCAUUUUGUUCCUUUCUUGGAAUUCUUUGGAAAGGAAACCUCUAGUUGACGCAUUUAAUCUAAUAUCGGUCAUGCUGACAUGGCGAUUUUUAAUGUAUGGGUGUGAGCUCAUGUGACAUGUAAUAAAAACCUUUAACCACAAC